AUGGAAUAUUUUACACCAGGAACAAAUAUAUUCAUGUAGAGCCCGCCUUUUAUAUCACUCCGCCUUCUUUCCUUUCUCUGCGUUCUGUUUCUAUCAAACAAAAUUUGGAAUUGGAUAUUUGCUAGCUAUGGAGAUAGAAAAUCAUAAUAAUGGUGUUUGCGUCGAUGCAGAGAGGAAUUUAUCAGUUGGUGGAAGAGAAGAUAUUAUUGGUCAUCUUCAUCAUCUUGGCAUGUAUUUGGUGUGGGAAGAUCUGAGUGUUGUGCUUCCAAACUUUGGGAAUGGGCACAGCAGAAGACUGCUUGAUGGGCUGAGUGGGUUUGCUGAGCCUGGUAGGAUCAUGGCUAUUAUGGGUCCUUCUGGCUCUGGCAAAUCAACCCUUCUUGAUUCUUUGGCAGGUAGACUUUCAAGAAAUGUUGUCAUGACUGGAAAUGUACUCGUGAAUGGAAAGAAGAAGAGACUGGAUUAUGGUGUUGCUGCUUAUGUGACCCAAGAGAAUACACUAUUGGGAACCCUAACAGUAAAAGAAACCAUAACUUACUCAGCUCAUUUGAGGCUUCCAACUAUUUUGACCAAAGAAGAGGUAAAUGGCAUUGUGGAUGCAACAAUUACAGAAAUGGGUCUGCGCGAUUGUGCUGACAGGCUAAUUGGAAAUUGGCAUUUGAGAGGCAUAAGUGGUGGGGAGAAGAAGAGACUGAGCAUUGCCCUUGAAAUUCUUACAAAGCCCAAACUGUUGUUUUUGGAUGAGCCUACAAGUGGCCUUGACAGUGCCUCAGCUUUCUUUGUUGUUCAAACUCUCAGAUGUAUUGCUCUUGAUGGCAGAACUGUAAUCACCUCCAUUCAUCAGCCCAGCAGUGAAGUCUUUGCUCUCUUUGAUGAUCUUGUUCUGCUUUCUGGUGGUUUAACAAUUUUUUCUGGACAAGCAAAUAUGGCUCUAGAGUUCUUUGCCAGAGCAGGAGUUCCAUGUCCAAGUCGAAGAAACCCUUCUGAUCACUUUCUUCGUUGUAUCAAUUCGGACUUCGACAGAGUAACAAUGAAUGACUCUCAAAGAAUUCGUGACAUCCCAAAAUCAUCAGAUCCUUUAAUGAAUUUAGCAACAGCAGAGAUAAAAGCAAUGCUUGUUGAGAAGUACAAGAGCUCUGAAUAUGUAACAAGGACGAGGGCUAGGAUCCGAGAGAUCUCAUCCAUGGAAGGACCCAUGAUAGAAAAAAGGAGUGGGAGCCAAGCAACAUGGUGGAAGCAACUUUCAACAUUAACAAAGAGAUCUUUUCUGAAUAUGUCAAGGGACAUGGGGUAUUACUGGGUAAGAAUCAUCAUCUAUCUGCUGUUAUCUGUCUGCGUUGGUACGAUAUUCUUCAAUCUGGGAACAGAUCUCAAUUCAAUAUUGGCAAGAGGAGCUUGUGCUGGAUUCAUUUCUGGUUUCAUGACUUUCCUGUCCAUUGGAGGCUUCCCAUCCUUCCUUGAAGAAAUGAAAGUUUUUCAUAAAGAAAGGCUCAAUGGGCAUUAUGGGAUUGCUGUGUUCAUUUUGUCAAAUUUCCUCUCUUCUUUCCCAUUCUUGGCUGUGAUGUCGAUUGCAACUGCCAGUAUAACUUACUACAUGGUGGAAUUUCAUUCUCAAUUUCCUCGUUUCGUAUUCAUGUGCCUCGAUCUUCUCAGUGCCAUUGCAGCAGUAGAGAGCUCCAUGAUGAUUAUAGCUUCUCUUGUUCCCAACUACUUGAUGGGAGUAAUAGUUGGAGCAGGAUACUUAGGAAUCAUGAUGAUGACUGCCGGAUUCUUCCGCUUGCCUCCUGACAUUCCCAAACCGGUUUGGCGGUAUCCAAUUUCAUACCUAAAUUAUGGUGCAUGGGCAUUACAGGGAGAGUACAAGAACACAUUGGUUGGCCGAGAAUUUGAUUCUCGUGAACCAAAUGGCCCAAAGCUGAAAGGCGAGUAUAUCCUUACAACAAUUGCAGGAAUUAAUCUGGAUCACUCGAAGUGGUGGGACUUGGCUGCUGUUGUUGCCAUUCUUGUAUCUUUCAGAAUCAUCUUUUUCAUCAUCCUUAAGCUCAAAGAGAGAGCUUCGCCUUAUUUCUGGACAUAUUAUGCCAAGCAUACUCUGAAGCAUCUCAAGAAGCGGCCUUCAUUCAGGAAAGAAGCUCCUUUUCCUUCCAAGAGGCACCAACCUCUCCACCCUCUGGCUUUUCAAGAGGGCCUCAACUCUCCACUGCACUAGAAGCAACAAUAGAAACACCCCACAGUUUUUUUUUUUCCAGCAAAUCUUGCAAAUACAGCUUCCAUCAACUAUGUAAUUUCCUUGCAUUAUUCUGCACUCUGAUAUGGUGCAUGAGAGAGAGAGAGAGAGAGAGAGAGAGAGAGUAUUAGGGACACUGAGCCCUAUGCAGCAUAACAAAACAA